CGAAGAUAUAUAUCAUUUACUAUGUAAACUAGAGAUUGCCGCGGAUCUUUCCCCAAUGCUGCGUCCCGUCAAAUAGCCCUGGAGGAGGUCGAACUGCGAAUCGACUGACAACGGACAACGGACAACGGCCCGACAACCACAACCGAGCAACGCGCGAGAGACUUGCAAGGCCAGGAAGGAUUAGCAGACAAUCGCCCAGGAUGGCCGCCGCGGCCCGACUCUUCUUCGCCUUGCUCGCCUGCUUCCUCGGUCUCGGAAGCAUCGGUCAUGCGGCGACGGACCUGUUGCCGUCAGAGCUGCCGAGCUGCGCCUUGAACUGUAUCCUCCUGGAAUCCAGCCACACAAACUGCGCCAUCACGAACCAAACUUGCUUGUGCGCGGAUCGAGCUUUCAACAACGUGGUCGAGACAUGCGUGACGGCCAAGUGUACAGUCAAGGAAGCGCUAGUUGCCAAGAACGAGACGAUGUCGGCCUGCGGAGUGCCCGUGGAAGUGCACGACGAAGUCUUUCAGUAUCUGCGCGGCAUUCUCUUCGCGCUGCCAACGUUCUUCAUCGUCGUGCGGCUUACCAGCAAAUAUUUGAAGCUGUCACAAUGGGGCCAUGAUGACACGACCAUUGUGAUCGCCUAUGUCGUCCUCGCGGCGUUCAUGCCGGCAAACUACCUUUUGGCCGAAUCCGGCGGCGCCAGGGACAUAUGGACGCUCACGCCUCGAGAAAUCACAGACACACUCCUGAUAGUGUACAUCUUCGGCAUAUGCUACAUAACGUGUCUCGCAGCCAUCAAGGCCUCCAUCCUCUUCCUCUUCCUCCGCAUCUUCCCUGAGGGAAUGUUCCGGAGGGCCCUGUGGUACACGCAGGUCUUCAACCUCUUGCUGUUGAUAUCUUUCCUAGCCGCCACGAUCGCGUCCUGCCAGCCCAUCGAGUACUUCUGGAUCGGGUGGUCGAAGGAGACGGAGGGCAAGUGCUUCGACGUGAACUUGUUUAGCUUAUGCCAUGGCGCCAUCAACGUCGCGCUAGACGUGUGGAUGCUCGCGCUGCCCAUGUCGCAGAUCUACCACUUGAAGAUGGACCAGAAGCAGAAGACGGGCGUGAUGCUCAUGCUCGGCGUCGGAGUCUUCCUUGUGGCAGUCAGCGCCUAUCGUAUACGGGCACUUACAACAUUUGCGACAUCAUUUAACGCCACAGCCAACGCGUACCAGACCUCCAUCUGGUCUCACAUCGAGCUCUGCGUGGGCAUCUUUGUGGCCUGCCUACCGAGCACGCGCCAGCUCUGGGGCAUGGUGGUCCCCAGGAUCGUCAGGGUGACGCACGCCUCGUUGACCAGAUCGGGCAAGGGCUCCUUCGCCGCGAGCCAGGCCUUGCGCUCGACACCAGGCGGCGUCGGCGACGACAAGCCGUCGCGCUUCAUAUCGGACGAGCAGUCGUCGGUUUCUCACCUGCUGCACGACGGCAGCGAGAUCGGCCUCAACACCCUCGGAUACUCGGCAUCGGUGCGCGCAAAGGCGGCGAACCGCACGGUCGUGAUCGAGGCGUGGCCCAGGCCGAAGGGCUCACCCGAAAGUUGGAAAAGCAGCUCCGGAGAGAUAGCAACGGUGCAGGAGGAUGGAAACCAUUACUAUUCGGGGAAAGGGGUGCUCGUGUCAAGAGACGUGACAAGGCAUGUCGAACUGGGGGAGGAGCCGAGGCAAACGGAGCCGCCGCGACAUAUCGGGUUUCACGCCGUCGAUGGCAUUGCGAGAUCACCGCCGUAGUUUAUAGCCGGGCUGCCUCUGCCAGUGAUCACGCUGGUCGUGGUGAUGAGAGCACCUAGAAGCCUCGCCCUGGGCGUUACACUGGCUGCGCAUAAUUUAGUCCUAAUCCACCUCGCCUCCGCCUGCAAGUCUCCAACUCUUCAAACCUCGUAGGUCCUACUAACCUCGUAGUUCCUACUUGUCGACCAUC